UCCGUAUGUUGAAUCAUUGCUUGACAGCCAUUAGCAAAGUCGGCACGUCUUAAAAGCUUCCAAAUUUGAAUUACGCGGGAUUUUUUUUAUAAUGAAUUUAAGGUUCCAUGUGUUUUUCGGCCAGUUACUGUGGAUAAUUUCGGUUUUAAAUGGCAAGACAGUUGAAGGUAUUCCUGGCUAUGGCAGAAAUUUAAUUAUUAAGGCUCUACCGGCAAUAGAAGACUACCAGAGCAAUGUUUACGAAGUUAUCAUGGAACCCUAUCUUUACGGCCUCGGUGGACCGAUAUCACCCAGCGAUCGCGCAGAAAAACAAAUUGAUUUGACACGCGACCCUAGGUCUUAUGGUCUCCAGGCAAUUGCUUACCUCAAAGCCGACCAGGAUUCCGGAGUCACAGGGGAAUUGGUUUUCAGACAAGUGGUUCCCAAUGGUCCUGUGGUUAUCGAGGGUAACGUGACCGGCCUAUCUGCUGGUCUACAUGGAUUGCACAUCCACCAAUCUGGUGCUGUGAAUGAGAACUGUCAGGAUAUUGGACCGCAUUUUAUUGCAUACUAUGGUCGUCACGGCGGACCCCGUGACAACAUACGGCACGUCGGAGACCUUGGCAACAUAAAGGCGGAAGAGGAGACAUUGAACGUGAAGAUAAUUGACCAUCUGAUAUCAUUAGCCGGUCCCAGGUCUGUAGUGGGUCGGUCCAUAGCCAUAAGUAAGAGCGAGGAUGACUAUGGCAGAUCCAGCACUGAAGAUAGCGCGCUUACUGGUACAUCUGGACCCUCCAUUGCAUGCGGCGUGAUCGGAUACUUGAACUAAGCUUUUUGUUGCAAAAUAGGUUUUAAGUAUUGUAAGAUUUUGUAAACAUCUCUUAUGUAGACAGUUGAAAUUAUCCACUUAAAACAACUAAGAGUAUGGGACUCAGUCAUGAGUAGAGAACUUAUAACUCUCGUAUGUCAAAAAAACAAUUUGACAUAAUGUUUAAAGAACUUUAUUUCUCAUUAAAUAUGAUAUUUUUUUCACGAGAAAAUACGAACGAGAUGCACGUCGCCAUCAGACAACCGUCUCAUAUUUAAUUUUCAAGGUCGUUAGAUGUGUAUCUUUAAUGCCCUUUUAAAUUGAUUUAACACGCUAAUAUUUCUAAUUUUAGACCGUAAUUUACAUACUAAGUCUCGACUCUAAAACAUAGUCAAAGUUUUGGCGCUAAAUGUGACUUUUGAAUGUUAAAGACGUAUUGUAAUUAACAUACGUCAACCUUUACCGGAAACGUCAUAACUGUUAAAUUUUUACCUUGUCUUUAAAUAAUGUCACCUGUUUUUUAGAUAUACUUUUCAGUGCACAAAAACUUGGUGAUACAACAUCACCAUGCCUUUUUCGCAAUUUAUAUUUUAGCAACGUAUGUUAUUUUAUAGAGCCUCUAUCGUCAAUUAUUAUGAAUGAUAAAUUAAGAUAAGAUUUAACUUGUAUAUAAUUUAUAAUGAAUGUAUAAAAUGUACCCACAAAAAAAUAAAAAGUAUAAUUUA